GGUUUCUAGUCCCUCCCGGCUUUCCGUUCUUCCAGGCCCGGCUGGCGGAGAUACCCGAGACCGCCAUACUGAAUAAGCAGCUGGGCCUCUGAAGGGGUCGGUGUAUUGCAGACAGUUCUGCAGGGUAGCCUCGUCGGCUCCAGGGAGAAGCAGUAUGUUAAGGAUAUCUGUAAGAAAGGCCUUAGUAGGCCUUUCCAAGUCGUCUAAAGGAUGUGUUCGAACAACUGCCACAGGAGCAAGCAACUUGAUUGAAGUAUUUGUUGAUGGUCAGUCUGUCAUGGUGGAACCAGGAACUACCGUCCUUCAAGCUUGUGAGAAGGUUGGCAUGCAGAUUCCUCGAUUCUGUUAUCAUGAAAGGUUGUCUGUUGCUGGAAACUGCAGGAUGUGCCUUGUUGAAAUUGAGAAAGCUCCUAAGGUUGUAGCUGCUUGUGCCAUGCCAGUAAUGAAAGGUUGGAAUAUCCUGACAAACUCUGAGAAAACUAAGAAAGCCAGAGAAGGUGUGAUGGAGUUCUUAUUAGCAAAUCACCCACUGGACUGUCCUAUUUGUGACCAGGGAGGUGAAUGUGAUCUGCAGGACCAGUCCAUGAUGUUUGGAAGCGAUAGGAGCCGGUUUUUAGAGGGGAAGCGUGCUGUGGAGGACAAGAACAUUGGGCCGCUGGUGAAAACCAUCAUGACUAGAUGUAUACAGUGUACUCGCUGCAUCAGGUUUGCAAGUGAGAUUGCAGGAGUCGAUGAUUUGGGAACUACAGGCAGAGGAAACGAUAUGCAAGUUGGCACAUACAUUGAAAAGAUGUUCAUGUCUGAACUUUCUGGCAAUAUCAUUGAUAUCUGCCCUGUAGGUGCCCUGACCUCUAAGCCCUAUGCCUUUACUGCCCGGCCUUGGGAAACAAGAAAGACAGAGUCCAUUGAUGUAAUGGAUGCAGUUGGAAGUAAUAUUGUGGUCAGCACAAGAACUGGAGAGGUAAUGAGGAUUUUGCCACGGAUGCAUGAGGACAUCAAUGAAGAAUGGAUCUCUGAUAAAACCAGAUUUGCCUAUGAUGGGCUAAAACGUCAAAGACUUACUGAACCGAUGGUCAGAAAUGAAAAGGGACUUUUAACACAUACCACCUGGGAGGAUGCACUCUCUCGUGUAGCUGGAAUGUUGCAGAGUUUUCAAGGCAACGAUGUGGCAGCGAUUGCAGGUGGCUUGGUGGACGCUGAAGCCCUCAUAGCUCUCAAAGAUUUACUUAACAGAGUGGAUUCUGACACCCUGUGCACUGAAGAGGUCUUCCCCACCAUAGGAGCUGGCACAGAUCUACGUUCCAAUUAUCUUCUUAAUACUACAAUCGCUGGUGUGGAGGAGGCAGAUGUUGUCCUUCUAGUUGGUACAAAUCCACGUUUUGAGGCACCGCUAUUUAAUGCUAGAAUUCGAAAGAGGUUAGUAAUAAUAUUCUGGGUUUUGAAAACGAUGGUUGCUUCACUUACACCUCCAAGUGUCGGCAAGAAGAAAGUCCAGUGUGAGAAGACCAAGCAGCCAAACCCAGCUCCUUUGUUGUCGGUCCUACAGGAAGCUAAAAAACCAAUGGUGGUUUUAGGCAGUUCUGCACUCCAGAGAAAUGAUGGCGCAGCAAUUCUUGCAGCUGUUUCCAACAUUGCUCAAAAGGUUCGGACAAGUAGUGGUGUUGCUGGGGAUUGGAAAGUUAUGAAUAUCCUUCAUAGGAUUGCAAGCCAAGUAGCUGCUUUGGACCUUGGCUAUAAGCCUGGGGUGGAAGCAAUUCGGAAGAAUCCUCCCAAAAUGCUGUUUCUCCUGGGAGCAGAUGGAGGUUGUGUCACUCGACAGGAUUUGCCAAAGGAUUGUUUCAUUGUUUAUCAAGGACAUCAUGGCGACGUGGGAGCACCUAUAGCUGAUGUUAUUCUCCCUGGUGCUGCUUACACAGAGAAGUCUGCUACUUAUGUUAAUACCGAGGGCCGAGCUCAGCAGACAAAAGUAGCAGUGACGCCUCCCGGCUUGGCAAGAGAAGACUGGAAAAUUAUAAGAGCCCUUUCUGAGAUUGCAGGUAUGACUCUUCCAUAUGAUACCCUGGAUCAAGUGAGAAACAGAUUGGAAGAAGUCUCUCCUAAUCUUGUUCGAUAUGAUGAUGUUGAAGGAGCUAAUUAUUUCCAGCAAGCAAGUGAGCUUUCCAAGCUAGUGAACCAACAGCUUCUUGCUGAUCCACUUGUUCCACCUCAGCUAACAAUAAAAGACUUCUACAUGACAGAUUCAAUUAGCAGAGCCUCACAGACAAUGGCUAAAUGUGUCAAAGCUGUUACAGAGGGUGCCCAUGCAGUAGAAGAACCAUCCAUAUGCUGAAACAUCUACUAAGGCCGAGCUAGUUAAUGGACAGUUAUGUUGGCACGAUCUUUUGAAGGUGUAUCUCUUUAAAAAAUAAUCUUGAUGUAAUAUUUAAGGUUCUGCCAUGCUUUAUUUGAAAAUGAUAUUGCAAUUAUCAGAGAACUUUGAGGUUUCACAACAAUUAUGUGUUGAGUGUAAAUGUUAAAUAGUUUAAUAAACAUUAUAUAGAGGCCUUUUCAUGUAAAAAGCACUGAUAAUCUUCUUUGUGACAUAAAAAAAAAAUCCUUAAAAUAUGAAUUUUUUUAUCUUCAUUGAUCACUUACACUUGUAAAAUGGAUAAAAUAAGAAUAGCUUCCAUUGCUCCUGUUUUAUCCUAGUGCUAAAGAAAAGAUUUAAGUAUUCUGUCAAACUGGGUAAAUAGCAGAAAUAUAUAUAAUACAAUCAUACAUCAGGUAUGUAUCUUGGACAACUCUAAUAAUAAUCAUAAUAAUAGCUUAAUGAUUAUUCAGAACUUUCUGUGUACUAAGCACUCUGGUUUUACAUGCAUCAUCUUGUUUUAUCCUUGUUACAUCUGUAUAAGACUAGUAUCUCAUAUUACAGGUGAAGAAACUGAAGCCCAGAGAUACUGGAUAGUUUGCCUGAGUUCACAGCAAAAAAAGUCAUAGAAUCAAACCUGGUUCUCUGACUUCAAAUUCAAAGCCCAUUAUUCUUAAGUGUUGGACAUAAUUUCCUCUCAUUAAUACAGAUUCCAUAGGUCGUUACCUCUAAGAAUUGGUAUUGAGAAGCUUAAUGGAUAACACAUUUUUCUGUUUUCUUCUUAAAUCUGUUUAUGCAAUAUAAUGUCAUGGUGAUUUAUGUUUUUUUUUCCUUUGUAUAAUAGAUUGCACACACAUCCCUUGAAAUGAGUGAGGUCUCAAGAAAUAUAAUUUAGGAUCUCAUUGAUGUUCCAUAUUUAUUAUAUUAACACCAUCUGUAGUAUUUAAGUCAGCUAAAUUACUCUAGUAAUAAAAGACAAAACUAACAUAACAGCUUUCAUAAUUUUCAAUUGUCCAAAAAAAAGUAAAAAACUUACAAGUAAUCUAGGAGAUGAUCUAAUGCUAUAUUAAUUCUUUUCAGAAUCUUAUGUUCGGAAUCAUUUGUUUUAUAAUCCUUAUUCCUUUUUGUUUUCACCAAAGAUUUAUUAGCCCAACUACAGGUUGCAAUUUUACUGAUAUGAGAAAAGGUAAAAUUUUUAGAAUAUAAUUUGUCAUCUCCAAAAAUUCUUCAGAAUUUGUCACCCAUAACAGCUUUUUCAGAAUUAUUUUAUUCAUUUCAGUCAUAAAGUUAUGUACUUUGUUUUGAAUUCUCAGUUGCCUAAAAUAUAACUUCUUACUGAAAGACUUUGAAUUUAAUACAAACUCCUUCUCUCUCUCUACCUUCUUACCCCUUAGCCUGUUGCUGACCUCACAGGGGCAAACACUUGCAGUUUUUUAUUUUACACAAUACUCUUCAGUGAAUGAGUAUAGACUUCAUAGGAUUCUUGGUGAGGGAAUGUUGCAGUCAGAUGGAGAAAUGGUGAUAUGACUAAGAUGGUCCAGGAUCCUAGGGCUGCCAUCUAGGCAGCAUGCAUGGAACUUGUAAUUUCAUAAAGGAUAUCUUGUCUGGGCUAAGUAGUAUUCAUUAAAAUUUGUUGGUUUUGCGUAAAGUAAAUAUGAAAGUCUGACCCAUGAGCACCUAUCAGUCACUUAAUAGAAAAUAUUAAGGUUGAAAAGUGAAAGU